AUCUAGAUCUAGAUAGAUCUAAUCUUUCCUUCUAUUCUCAGGCUUCUCUUUGAAUCACAUCUGGAGAAACGGGUGUUUCAUCUGUCCAAGAAUGGAUGCUGAGGAAGUUUAUGUGUACAAUCCUUUCCAAGGAAUUGAGAUUGGAAGGAGAACGGGUAUUUCAAUUCACAAAGUCAAAAAUGUGAAAAAUGGCAUGGACAACAUAGAUGAUUACUUCACAGACUCUGAGGCGGACCAGACUCUUGACGUGACCCAACAAGUGCCCCUGACCUCAGUGGAGAACACCAAAGUGUCGCCGCACAAAAAUGUCAAGGAUGUUGUCUUGGCGCCAGCUCAAACUGGAACUACCAAGCGAGGCGGUGCGGUCAAAAAUGUUAAGCAGCCGACAACGGCAAGAAAAAGUGAAGGGGCACCGUCCAAGAGCCCAGCUAUGGAGGUGCCAGUGAAUCCUUUCGACUGGAAUCCUAGAGUUGGAAGGAGAACAGGCCGAGAUCUUCUGGCCGGCAAAAACGUCAGUAGGGUGGAAAACUUCAGCCAACUUCAAUCAGAUAAUGAGUCCACCAUGUCCCCACAACUUACGCCCGAGACGUCGUCUAUCAAGAAUUCUUUGCGCUCUGGCUCACCUGGAGAAACAAAUCAACCAAACGCGUCUACCCUGCACAAUUCUGGUUCUGUCCAUCAUUCUGAUAGUCUCUCAAGCAAAGUACACAGACGAAUGGAAGAAAGGGCGAGCAGCAACUCUGGAAAAACAUCCAGCGCAAAGAAAAAAGUCUUAGACUCGGGCAGUGGAGAGUUAGCGUCCAGUGGCUCUGACACUGAAACAAGAAAGGAAGUUAAAGCGACGACAGGAAGACGAAAAUCAAUGCGAAAGAAUCAUGCAUUACCUGCAUCUCAUGACGACGAGGAAGGAAAAAGUAGUCCAGCCGAUAGUCAGGAGGAUAAAGAUCAAGGUAGUCAUGUGGACCGGCGAAGAUCAGUGCGAAAGAAUCAAGCAUUGUCUGUAUCUCAUGACGACGAGGAAGGAAAAAGUAGUGCCACUGAUAGUCAAGAAGAUACAGAUCAAGGAAGUCAUGUGGACAGAAGAAGAUCAAGGCGAAAGAAUCAAGCAUUGUCUGUAUCUCAUGACGACGAGGAAGGAAAAAGUAGUGCCACUGAUAGUCAAGGAGAUACAGAUCAAGGAAGUCAUGUGGACAGAAAAAGAUCAAGGCGAAAGAAUCAAGUGUCGCCCGUCUCCCAUGAUGAUCAAGGGGGGAAAAAUAGUCCCCACGUUGAUCAAGAUCCAAAUCAGGGUGGAGGUCAUGGUGGAAAACUCGACAGCUCCAGGAAACAGUCAAAAAUCACAAAUGAUGUUGGUCAGAAGAGAACAGAACUCGACAAAAGGCCCCACAGUGAGCACCUUGGAACUGAGCAGACGGAGGAUUUGAAUUUAUCUCGAAAGGGGACUUUGAGAAAAGGUUUGAAAAAGCUUCAAGAAAAAAGUCCCAGUGAGGAAAGAAAGACAGGUAGUUCCAGUGACAGCUCGGAGAAGCUGAGUAAAUCGGCGAAUGUUUCCCUCAAACAACUGAAAGAGUCAAGUGGCCGAGACAGUUCUGCAUGCGGUGCAGAUCCUCCUUUGGAACAGGCUGUAGCCGAGCUGAGUAAAAAUUUGAAUAAAUCCCAAAACGAGGGUGUAAGAAAGAGCUUAAAGAAAGUGAAAAUAAUCGCUGCUGGUGACAAUGUUGAGACAAUUCUCCAUCUUAGUCGCAUCAAACCCAGUCCUCAGAAGAGGACUGGAAAUAAUUCUGACCGAGACGACGACACAGAGCACGGGGCAACAGCAAGCGCAGAAACAGAACCACCAGAGUCGAAGGAUGGAAGUACAUCCGGUGAUUCUUCGACAUUGUUUAAAAGGCCGCCGUCUUCAGGCGGGGAAGAAUCUGAAGGAUUGACCGAGAAUGGUGGGAAGACAAAGUCAUCAAGAGGUGCUUCCAAGGUACGGGGUUUGAAUACAAGUUCAAAGGUGAACGUCUCUCUGAAGUCUAAGCCUUCUGCUGUAGGGGAGUCUGAGGUGGUGAUGAAGCGAGAAAAGUCUGUGCAGUCAGCCUCCCAAAGUGGCAGAAAGACAGAUGGAAGUGGAAAAGAUCAGAUGUCCAGUAGGGAAGAUGGAAGCACAGCUGUGUCACAGGAGAUCUCAGGUCUGGGUGGGAGUCUUUUGUCUCGUCCAGGCAGGAGUCUUUUGGACAAGUCUAAGGACACGACCACAACAGCCACGCUCAACUUUGGCGGUGAUGUGACCGGCUCUGUCACCAAUGCCGAAAAGGCUUCUGCCAGUCACUUCUUUGGGAUUAAAAAGAGGCUGUCAUACUCUGUCGCUAUAGCAGACGCCAGUAAAAACAAGACAGACAGAUCACAGAAUGACAUAGAGAAAAAGAAAUCUGCCAUCCCAGUCAGGACCAGGGCCAAUCUGUCCCAGAGCCAGCAAGACAAAACUCUCCUGUCUACCUUCGAGAGUUUCACCUUUGUUGACGUGGGAGGUCAAGACAACUUUGUCAUUGUCGAGGCUGGUGAUGAAGAAGAAAGAAAUGACGCUACAGAAAGGUCAAAGACGAAAGAGACGAGGAAACGUAAAUCCUCGUCAAAUACGCUGGAUCAAGGGGCGUCUUCACCAUCUCCUCCAAAGUUGAGCAAGACAGAUCUUUUGGCUUUGGGCUACAGCGCAGAGAAAAUCGCAACCCUGGCAGCAGACGAGGAAUCUGCCAAGGGCAAGAGGAAAGGAAAAGGAAAGGCUGUUCAAACUAGAAGUGCUGCCAAGAAUGAUGGACAGAAAGAGAAAGAUAUGGUGGUAAUCAGUGCCGGCCAGGACUCCGAAAGUGUGCGGUCCGAGCCAAACACGGACAUAUCACCCAAAAGGUCUGGCGGGAGAGCAAAACUGAAAGAUAAGAAACCGUCACAAACCAAGCCGUCACAGACUGACAGGAAAUCCUCAGAAAGCAGUGAUGAAUCUGCGGAACUUCCUGCUGAUCUGGACACGAGAAAAAAGGCAACUAAAAGAUCAAGCAGAAAAAGGAAACAAGAAGCUGAAGAAAAUGUGCCUUCUACUCGUGCUGCUUCAAAGCGAGAGAAAGACAGUCGUGAAGUAUCUGAGGUCACGUUAUCGUCGUCUAAGAUGUUGACUCUCUCGCGGACGGUCACGUCAAAAGACAUCAGUUCUAGAGGGAGAGUGAGAAAAAAAGCAGCAUCCAAAGAAUAUCCAUUUUCUAAAACUUCUGGACCAUCAAAGGAGGAAGAGACAGAUGAUGAAAUUAUUCUUGGUGGUUUCAAAAAGGGCUCUGGGUUGGAAAAAGAAAAUUCUAUCAAGAGGAAAAGGGUUCAAAGUCAGCCCAAGUUAACAAGAGCAGUUUCUAAAAGCAAAAAGGUUAGGCAGUCAAAACGAAGACAAGCUGCCCCUUUGAAUAAGCAGCUGAGAAAACGAAAGAGGAAUGUGGACGCCAACACUUCUGCAGGUCCUGAAGAGCAAGAGUGUCUUCAAACAAAUGUCGCAGGCGAAAUUUCGGAGGUGUGUGAGGAAGCUGAAGUCAGUUUAGCAGAGGACGAGAAAUCCCCGGUCAAACCUCCACAGUCAGACACCAAGUCUUGUGACCCCCCAGCUGAGGUGCAAGAUGAAGAAAAAGUACCAGGAAAUCCAACGACAGGUUCCCGCACGAGAACCAAAUCUUCUACAACAAAAGAAGUAGAGGGUAGUCGCACUAAAGCAAAACCUUCGACAAAGGAGUUGGGAGGUCGUAGCGCCAAAACAAAAUCGUCUUCGACAAAGGAAUUGGAGAGUAGUUGCAGCAGAAGCAAAUCUUGUACAAAAAAAGAGUUGGAGAGACAAGUGGGAACCUCUGGUCCCAGAAGAUCCCUUGCUGCAGUUUUGGAGGACAGUGUUUCUGCUUCUGAUGAUGGAGACAAAGAGAAGGAAGUGGAGGAGGAAAAUGCUCAGGACCUCGCAGGCGAAGGCGCUGAGUCGACCGAAGGGGAAGCAGAGCGCCUGCUGGGAGUGUCCGAAACCAAACCCGAGAAGUCGAAGAGACUUUCAACGUCAAAAAGAGGGAAGAAAGAGAAAGAAGUUACAGACCAGCCCAGAAAGAGUUUGUCUCGGAAACCUCGACAUUCACAGAAACAUGUUCCAGCUUCAGCGACGCCGCAGCGAGUGAACUUGUUGCUGUCAUUGCCCUCGGUGACCCCACAGAGCGGUCCGUCUUUCCGGCUGUCGCGCAGAUUUUCCCCGCAGUUGUCCUCGCCGGAUCUGGAUUCCUCCCCGGAAAGUCCGAGUCCUCGAGUGGAGACUCCAGGCCCCCUGGCCAGGAACACAAAGAUGGCUAUUCCGGCAGUGGACGCCACCCCCCAGGCCCCUGCCUCGUGUCUGCGUGGGAACAACCCACACAAGAGAUCGCUGAAGGGGAGGAAAGUGCGCAUCAGCAACAUCAUCGACCGACUGGAGGUCUCCCAGAAUGAAAGCAAUGAAGGCGAGCUUUCUUCCGAUGGACGGAGCUCCACGAUGUUGCCCUCACCAACGUCCUCCCCGGUCCACUACGCCGAGACCACCCACCACUACCCCAGCCCGAAAGACUUCCUUGUACCAGACCUCUCGAACAAAAUCAUUCGACCUGGCAGCGAAAAUGAUGACGGACUUCGUCGGUCUCAUAGAACGAGAGUGAGGCGCCUCAGCGCUCACAAGGGGGAGGGAAUAAUCUACAGGCGAGACAGUACAGGAUUUGGAAUGAUGGUGGCCGGCAUCCAGCCCUCCGUGGUGGAAGCGAAGGAGAGAGCCAGAGAAGACAAGCGUAGGAAGCAGAUCAAACAGCGAAAAAUGAAGGCCCUAAGUGUUCCUGCCCAUGGGCCAAAGAAACGUCUGUCGUGCCACUACAAGACAGACAAAGAUGUGACCUUGACCACCGAGGUCGCCGUGCUGGACCCGGACACUGAAGAGCAGAAGAUGAUGGAUCUUGUUGCCCGCAAGGACCAGCGGGAGUGGUAUGAUUCCGAUCUGGCUCCUUUGACCGGCUCAGGACCCAUUGCCUUUGGCCUACAGCUUCAGCAGGCAAACUUUUUCACCGGAGAGCUACAGUUGGGACCUUUGGCGGAGAAAAUAUACUCCAGAGUGGUGCAGACAGUGGUGUUUCACAUCGUGCAUGGAAAGUUUUGUCUGACUGUCAAUGACGUGUCUACGGUCGUGGAGACUGACGACGAUUUCUUUGUGCCAAGAGGAUCAAACUACUCCAUCAAAAACCUGAGGCGAGAUGUGGGGAGGAUACAUUUCAUCAACUUCAAUGAGAUAGUUGGAGACACUGACGCUGAUGAGGAGAACAGAUAAAUCUUGCUUACUGUCACACUCACACCUUUCCUUUUCUGCUGUAAACUGAAAUAUUUCUUCAGGAGUUGCUCAUAUCUUGGUUAAGUUUACACGCACCCCCCCCUCCCCAUGCCUUCACGUAUCAUGACUAUUACGACAAUUGCAUAUGUGGUGUAGUGGUUACACACUUAGCUGUUGCACACAGGAGACCCAAGUUCAAUUCCAUGAUGGGGAGAACGUUUUUAUUGAAUGUCUUGGUCUUUCUGCUGGGAUGGUGUAUCCCUCUGAGCCCCGGUUGGCUCUGACAGGCAGGGUCGUAAACC